CUCAGUGAAGCCAUUAAGCAAUUGGGGAAUCCCCAAGGUUUCCCAAGCUGUGUUUCUUUCCUGAGGCGCAUAUGGCGUUUCUGAUGGGACCAACAGUAGAGCGAUCGUCCCAAAACCUCCCCACGGUCAGUGGUCAAGCGAUGGUUGGCGGCCUUUGGAGGGAGGGCGUACCUCAGUAAGAGAAGCUAUUAAAGCGUUACAUUAUCAGGUUGUUAUGUCUCAAAAAAUUGUCUAUCAGCCCAAAAUGAAGACGUUCGACUCCGCUGACUUGGACUCUCAACUUUCCGAGAGUUUCAUUCAUCAGCUCAAGUUGGAAGGUGUCGAGGGAAACGACUUAAGUAGAUGCACACAACCCGCUUUUACGAAGAACAUGUUUUUAGUAGACGAUUUCUUACCAGACGACUUCUAUCAUUGCGAUAUUCACGGUGACACCCAACUGCACAUCUCGAUAAUCGUGCAGGCGUUCGAUGUAACCGAGUAUCUUAUUGAUACGGCACCGAAUCCUUCAUAUCUGGACAUUGUCAACAAGGAACAGUUCACGGCACUGCAUUAUGCAGUUUUGGCGGAAAACUAUAGUAUUGUUCGGAAAUUAGUGCUGGCGGGUGCAAACACUGAAGCGCGGACAUACGACGGUGAUACGGCUCUUCAUCUUGCUGUGAAGGAGCAACGUACGGAAAGUGUCAGGGCUUUGACAGAUCCAUUUAGCUUAGUGGAGAAGUCGUUGGCACCACAUCCGGCUCUGAUAAACUCUAGAAAUUAUUAUGGUAUGACUGCUUUACACAUCGCUGCUUAUAUGGGUGACUUGGAAAUCGUAUGCCUAUUGGUGCGCAACGGUGCUGAUGUGAAUGCCAGGGAAGGUCUUUGUGGUAGAACAGCUCUUCAUUUGGCCAUAGAGAGGAAUAACGACCCUGUUGUGCAUUACCUAGUACAGUUUCCAGAGACAUUGAAUACCAAGAUAUACAGCGGUGAGGCUGCCCAUGAAAUUGCCAUUAACUGCUGGCCGGAGUACGUUGAAACAAACAAGGUAUCUGAAACUCCGCCAGGUAGUCUCACCCUGGAGGAUGACGAAAUGAGCGCGCGCAACAUUCUCACAGACAUUAUUCAUUAUAAGAAAGCCAGUUUCUAUUCCAACAAAAUGGAAAAGUCAUUUGACCUGCUAUGUUAGAAUUAUAUAUGUAAUAUAACCAUACCUCUUGUUUUUGCUAGUCAUGAGUGAACAAGGAACGUAAAAGUGAAGUGCUGAAUAAUAUUAUAAUGUUUUAACCAGAAAUUAACGUAAUUUCCUGCAAAUGUCAUUUACAUUCUUAUCCUUGCCAAAUAUUGCUGUUGUUCGCAAUAUUUAGCGGUGAAUUAAAAAUAAAUAUUUUCCAUUGUUGUUAUUAUAAAUAUGUGUAACAAAUUUAUUGUAAAAUAUACCCGUAUAAAUAUCAUUUUAUA